GUCUGUCUUUGCCUAAAAAAUACGUUUUUUCAAUGAUUCAUUAACAUUUUGUGACUGGUGACCGUUAUAUGUGCAAGUUAAAGUUGUUCUACAUGUGAUAUAUUGUUGGCAGCGUCAGAAAACAACGCGAAAUAGUGUAAUUAACGAUGUAAACGUUGGUUAUGACGUUUACUACGGUGUAUUUGUGUGUGUGUGCGUGAGUGACAGCAUUGCCGACGACCGUUGAAGCGAAUCUUGUAACGGAAUAAGUACCUAUUGGAUGUGAAUGCUGUUUUCGAUGGGUGCAGUGUAUGUGUUGUUGCGUUCUAAAUACGGCGGCGACGGCGCAAAGGCAAAUUAAACUGUGAAAAAGAUCAGACGGACAUCAUGGCGGCGGCGUUUGCGCGCCAAAUCCCGCGUCACCCGCAGCGCCAUCUGCGAGCAGCGGGCGACAACCACUUCCGUAGUUUGAAUCAUUCGGACCGUUCGAAAUAGUCAUUUGUGAUUUAACUGUGACAGUGCGGGGUCGUAAUGUGAUAUAAUAAUAUUUAAUUUUAGUGUUGUGUUGUGUUUGUGUGUUUACAAUGUCUGAGGAGAGGUCGCGGCGGUUGUCGCAGAUCUUCGACCCUCUGGCUCGUUUUACCGACCACAGCGGGGCUGGCCACUCUGCCAGUACUCCGAACAGUCCCCGACUGUUGCCAAGGAGGUCGCGAGAUCCGCCACCCCCGCCACCUAGGCCUAUAGCCCAUACCUCUCGCCUGGACCCGCUGGAGUAUGAGCUGGCGGCAGCAGAAGUUGGCUCCAUCAACUGGCAGGAGCGAUGCUUGGAGUUGCAGCUGGAGCUUCACCGCAGCAGGCACCAGGCUACCAGGGUCAGAGAUAUGCUGAGAGAUAAGCUCUCGGAGCUCGAGCAGCGAGUCCUGGAAGCCGAGGGCAGGGCGGAAGAAGCGGAAGACAAGGUCCGCGCCAUGGAGCAGCGGCUGUGCGAUUGGCCAGCGGGCACUGACGGUGCACCCCGAGCCAUUACGCGGCUAGAAGGCCAAAUUGAAGAACAGAAGCAGCUAAGACUCCAGGACGCGAAGCAGGUGGAAGCAAAGGCAGCCCGCAUCAAAGAGUGGGUGACCAACAAGUUGCGGGAGCUGGAACAACAGAACCAACUGCUUAGGGAACAGAACGACCGCUGUAACCAGCAACUUGAGUUACUCCGGAACCAUAUAGCGGCUUCUGGAAGUAGGAAUUGCACUUUUUUACCAACUCGAGCGAGCCUAUCGCUUGAGGUGCGAACAGAUGACGGUUCACCCCGAGCCACAUCCAGUCUAUUGGCCUCAAAUCGUCGACGUUCAGAGAGCCUAGAGGGUCCCCAGUUACCAAUAAAUUCAUCGGAGCCUCACUACAGUACGCCUGUGCGGCAUAGACGAAACCUUUCUAUCGGUACUACCAAUAUAGCGAAUAACGUCAAUGCUGCCAACCCUCCCGGCCUAAACACCAUGAAUAGGACUAUGGAUGAAAAGACUACUGCCAGCUUAUUGGCUGAUGACUUAGCGGCGGCCGUAGAGAAUUUAGUGGUGCUACCGACAACGCCUAACACUUCAACUGACGGUGACACUACGCACGACUAUGCUGAGAUUUAUACACCCAGCAGAGAGCGCACCCCAGCGUGGCAAGGCAACGUGAACGUGAUAGUACAGGGCAACAGUCGCGGCGGGUCCUCCACCGGGGACAGUUCCACAUCUGAACAACCGAGGCCACCCACUCCACCGCUACAUCGGUUCCCUAGCUGGGAGGCUAAGAUUUAUCAGGUGGCAGACGACGGUCUCCAACAAUCGGUGGAGGAGGAACUGUCCCCCCCUCCGUGUCCGCGUCCCAUGCACGAGUCCACCAGCUACCAGGAUAUAUCCGUCCCCGUCUACGCUACUGUUAAAGGGCGUGCCAGUCAGAUAAGGUCGAUGCCAUUCACGGGCGACUCCUCGGACGACUCGUCGGACGGCGAGGAGUCCAUGGGCGUCACCGUGCAUAACACUCCACAUCAUCAGCUCGUCAAUGUCAAUCCCAUGUUCAGCGGUCAAACUUCAACUCAAAUGCCUAUAAACAACGUGAACCUCACCAGUACAUUACCAGCAGCCCUACAACAAGCUACUGGUGCGCUGGUUUUGGCCAGUAAUGGACAGUGCAGUUCGUCAGACACCAGCCUCAGUGCCAGCAGCCCGUCCAAGAGUGUGAAGACCAGCUCUAGUCUUAGUCCUGCUAAACGAUCCAGCUCUGGGUCGCCUAGCAAGCAGAGUAAGACAAGAGACACAUCAUUCGAGUCGGGAAUGUCGGAUGACUACGCGAUACCACCAGACGCGGUGUCGUGUGACAGUACAGCGUCACCGUCGUUGGCGUCCUUAUGUCGAGCGCCGCCUACCACCGACUCGCCGCGACGACAUGAUGCCUUGGAGAAGAGCGGACAUCUUGCCAAGUUAGGGGGCAAACUCAAAACUUGGAGGAAACGAUGGUUCGUACUCAAAAAUGGAACUCUUUCUUACUGGAAGUCGCAGUCAGAGGUGAAUAGAAAGCCUCAAGGUCAAAUCGGUCUCGGUGAAGCCUGCAAGAUAUCCAGGAAUGAGGGAGCGGCUACAUUUGAGAUCUUCACUGGCAGUAGAACAUAUUACUUGACGGCUGACAGCAUCGCUACUAUGGAGGACUGGAUCAGAGUAUUACAGAAUGUACAAAGAAGGAAUGCGACGAAACUUCUCCUGAGUAAAGAAGACAAUAAGCCUACGAUCCAGGGGUGGCUCACGAAGGUCAAGAAUGGACACGCUAAGAAGAGCUGGUGUGUGCUUAUUGGGAAGAUGUUCCUGUACUUCAAGUCUCCUGGAGACCAGAACCCUACCGGCCAGAUCAACAUGAGAGACGCGCGAGUGGAAGACGUGGAACACGUAUCAGACUCCGACUCUGAAGAGAAAAACGACGACACUCGCAACCAUCUCACCGUCGCCAUCUAUCCGCAACACCAGGGUCCAACAUACCUUCUGUUCGAGAGUAAAGCGGACAAGGACUCGUGGUUGUACCAUCUGACGGUGGUCAGCGGUGGAGGACUGAGUCAGGGAACACACUUCGAACAACUCAUACAGAAGCUUAUGGAGACCGAUGGGGAUCCUAAUUGUGUUCUGUGGAGGCAUCCAACGUUACUGUAUUCUAAAGAGAACUUGACGUCUCCACUGACUUCACUCAACUCUGAAGCGUUGCAGGCAGAAGCAUUAAAACUAUUCAAGUGCGUGCAGCUGUUCAUGUCGGUGGCGGUGGAGCAGGCGGGCAUCGACUACCACGUGGUGCUGGCGCAGAACGCGCUGGCGCAGUGCCUGGACGUGGGCGAGCUGCAGGACGAGCUGGCGUCGGUGCUGGCGCGCCAGACCACGCCGCACACCAACACCAAGCUCGGCGUACAGGUAACGCCCGCCCGCCGCGCCCGCAUACACGUUAAGCCCACCAAGCUUAAGAAUCAACUGCUACUGUGCGCGACUCAGUCGCUGUUCACGUGCGACACUGGCGCCGCCUCGGUGGGCUCGGACAGCAAGAGCGACGUCCCGACGCAUGCCGCCGGCUCACCUAGCUCUAUACAGGCGCCGUUGUUGUCAGUGGACUGCAAGAGCAACCCUCCAACGUAUAGCUUUGUACAAGGGUGGCAACUCCUUGCAUUGGCCGUCAGUCUAUUCGUACCACGAAAUAACAGGCUACUCUGGUAUCUGAAGCUACAUUUGAGUAGGCAUGCGGAUUCCAAAACGGAGUGCGGUAAAUACGCGGCGUACUGUGCGCGUGCGUUGGAACGUACCAUCCGCAACGGUGGACGCGAAGACAAGCCGUCCCGCAUGGAGGUGCUGUCCAUAUUACUGAAGAACCCCUACCACCACUGCCUGCCUCACGCCAUUCCUGUCCAUAUGCUCAAUAAUACUUACCAGGUAAUAAGUUUCGACGGUUCGACGACUGUAGAAGAGUUCCUGUCUACAUUAAGUACAGAACUUGGAUGCAGGGAGUCAGCGGCGUCAGGAUUCGCGCUGUUCAGCGACGACCCUAUUGAGAAGGACUUGGAACAUCAUAUUAAGCCUGAUAAGAAGCUCUGCGACGUAAUAUCAAAAUGGGAGACAGCGCUUAGAGAGAAGGGCUCCGGAAAGUUCGAGAACUCUCGAGUGAUUCGACUUACGUACAGGAAUAGGCUCUACUUCAAGAACUCCAUACGGACAGAGACUGACAAGGAGCGGUUACUACAAUGCUACCAGGUUAAUCAACAAGUGGUAGCAGGUCGUUUCCCAGUCACUCGGGAGUUAGCUGCAGAACUGGGCGCCUUGAUGGCGCAACUAGACAUGGGGGACUACUCCGCCACCAACACGCAACACAACCAGCCUCUAGCACAUCGGUUCUAUCCUUAUAGGUACAGAGCCGGCCUUAGUAAUGAUGAAUUAAGGAUAAAACAACCCGACCUAUCUAUGGUUUGGCUAGCAGUGUCGGAAGAUGGCGUGACGGUGCUAGAGCUAGCGUCCAUGGCCGUCAUAGGGCGGUACGCACUCACCUCCAUUGGACUCUUCGGUGGAUUACAGGAUGACCUGAUGAUGCUAAUCGACGCUGAAGACGCAGCGAGUCCAGUACACAAGAUGUUGAUUAGUCUCAACAAGCCAAAAAUGGCAGAGCUAACUCAUCUCAUAGCGGACUACAAGAACGCAAUGCUCCGCGCGGGCGGGCCGGGCACGCCGCAGAUGAACUCGCUGACACGGAACGGCAGCCACCGCUCGGUGCGCGCGGCGGCCUCCACCCUGCCGCACUCCUCGCCCUGCACGCUGCCGCACUCCUCGCCCUGCACGCUGCAGCACGCCGCGCACGGCACGCUCACGUCGCACGCCACCACGCUGUCCGACCGGAACAACACGCUCACGCUCAGCUCGCACUCGUACGACCGCCACGCCCACGGCCAGCCCGACAUACUCAAGGCCACGCCCGACCACCACCGCGCCGACAAGAAGCGCGCGCACGCGCAGGACUCCGGCGUCGCGUGACUACCGCCGCGGCCUCCUCCACCGCACUAGAACACGGACUUGAUGCGACUGCUUUGGGAACGAGGCGUGCUAAGGUAACUUAUAUAUAAAUUCUUGCCCAAGAACAACUAUGAUUCUUUAAAGUGAUCUUACUGUCAUCACACUUGCCCGCACCGACUUCCUUGUACAGUGUAAUUAUGUAAUAUUCUCAAAGCGGUCGUCUCAUAUUAUUAUUCGAGGAUAGAAAAUGGCCCGCAAACUAAGAUAGCAUUCCACCAAAUAUAUAAACAAUGGGAAGUAAACGAAAUAAUAAUAUACCUCAUAUUUUGUAGCGAACGAUUCAGCCUAUUUUUAUUGGCUUUUUAAUGAUAGAUUAAUAAUAGUUUAUAAUUUAUUUUUUCAGCGUAAUAUUAAUUGUUUGACAUGUUGCUACGAUAGUGGUUUCAGCUUGAAGUAUAUAAUGUAUGAUUCGUAUGAAUGUGUCGAUGUUUAUACGCAGUUUAAAUGCCAAUUUUAUACAUGUAGUUGUAUAUGUACGUGUACAGGGCGCGAUAAAUUGUACCUAGAGGUUAUUCUUAGCGAAAUUUUCUGAACAUAUUUUGGAUGGAAUUCUUCUAUACAGCUUGGAGUUACAUGUUAAAGUCGGAUAUUACUUUUAAUUUAUGCAAGUUCGAUAGCUUUUUAUACAGACUUGGAUAUUGCACAAAAUGGAGGAAUUUAGUGUAAAUAAGUAAUACAUUUAUCUACCCCUGUACUAGUUAUAGAUCGGAGUCCAUUUUAGCAUAAUACGUGGGGUGUCCCGUAUGAAGUAUGAUUCUAAUCUUUUGUACUAACUGUGCUAGUUCGGGUAGAUCUGUUCUUUCAUUCGACUGAUGUAGGAGCGAUUGCGCUGGCGUUUGAUCCUACUUUGAAUAGUUUUUAGUUGGUUAAAUGCAAGCAAUAAGAAUUUUGCAAAGACUAAAUUAUUAUUGCAAAUCGUCUCUGAAGAAAUCCCUAGUUAUUUUGUCAAGUGGUUUUAUAACAAAACACAGUAAACAUGAUUUGAUAAUAUUCUAAAAAAAAAUUAUUGAUAUAUGAACUGUUGCAAAUUAUGUGAAUAAAAAUACAUUACUUUUUGUACAUUUUCCAAUUAGAUAAUAAACACGAGAUAGAAUUUAGGUCCAUUUUGUUAAAAAAGUCGUAUGGAACGCCAGUGCAACCGCGGCCUAAUAUAUAAAGGUGUGGACACGUGCUAGUGUGAAUCUCAAUGUAGGACGUAUGUAGACUUGGCUUUACUUAUUUUCAUAUACUUUUAUAUAAUUUAAUUAAUUUUCUUCACACAAAAUCACAUUUGCAAUAGUGACCAUAAGCUUAAAAAAAUAAUUAAAUAUUAAUUUGUGGAAUUGAUGUGUGUAUUAGAUUUUUGAAAGCGAUUCCCCGUGUAUGACAUAAUUCAGUGUUUUGAUUGGAAAUUGUCCUUUGUUCGCUCUAUUUAAGUGUCAAAAGGCAUCGUCUACGAAAAACCCAAAUACAUAAUAUCAAAAAUCGAAUACAUACAUUUUCGUAACAACUUUUUUCUAAAUACAACCUUGAGACACACGUUAUAAAGUCGUAAUUGGUAAAUCCGUAUGUCUGUAAAAGUGAUAUACUUAUGGACUGAUAUAUUUAAAGAUCUUUCAACGAAUCUUAACACUUAUUGUUAUGUAACGUUUAAACGACCAAUGAAACUGAAAAGCGAGGUGAAACAUUUUUAAUCUAAGUCUUAGAAUCUCAAUUUUUCUUAAAUUUAAACCUUAUUUCGAUAUUAAUAAGGUCCUCUGUUUAUUGAAAAGGGCCUUUUAUUUAUGAUCUGUUAAAAUUGGACUAUAUUUCAAAUUUUGCUGAUAUUGUUAAUUACUAUAUUAUACUGAUAAACAUGUCAUUUUAAAAUGAAUCUUAAGAACUAAGCGAUAAAGUCGAUAAUUACUAAAAUGACAAUUUUUGUGUAUUUUUGUCAGUAUAGUAAAGUAAUAUAAGUAUUUAUCUUGCAUAAUGUCGUAUAAAUUACAUUUUGUGGGCAUUUUUUAAUAAUGAUCUGUAUUGUAAUAUACAUAGGAUAUAUUUUAUCUAUUUUUGGCAUCUAUUUAUUCAGAGUUCCGUCUGAAUGCAAAUAUUGUAAACAGCUUAUUAUAAAUUAUAAUUUAAACAUUACAUAGAACACCUGCAGCUGUAGCCAAAUGCCAUUUAGCGCUUGUCUACA